ACGAAAACCCCCAAGUCGCCCGGUAUUGUCGGUUACAGGAGGGUCUCUCCACCUGGUCGCAUGUUGCAAAAACCGAGGAGCAGGGGCCGUCCUAGUGCCCAGCGAGGGAGCGGUAGCGACAGCUGCCCGGGUGUCUCUGGGGAGAUCCGGAGCAGACCUGGGCACCUUGAUGACUCGCAGGGCACGCCAAGUGCCUUGUGCCCGACGAGCUCCCGGCGGGCCCAGGCCACCUCCGCACCACAGCUAUGGACCCAGAAGCAGCUGGAGCUAAAGGUGGCCGAGCUGGUGCAGUUCUUGCUGAUUAAGGACCAGAGGAAGAUUCCCAUCAAGCGGAGCGGCAUCCUGAAGCACGUCAUCCGAGACUACAAGGACAUCUUUCCAGACCUGCUCAAGCUGGCUGCCGAGCAGCUCCGCUACGUUUUCGGCUACAAGCUGGUGGAGCUCGAGCCCAAGAGCAAUUCCUAUAUCCUCAUUAAUGCCCUGGAGCCAGUGGAGGAGGAUAGUGAGGUGAGGGGUCACCAGGAAACGCCCACUACCGGCCUCCUGAUGAUUAUUUUAGGGCUCAUCUUUAUGAAUGGCCACAGCAUCCCAGAAAACGAAGUCUGGGAUUUUCUACGUCGUUUAGGGGUGUACCCCACAAAGAAGCAUUCCAUUUUCGGAGAUCCGAAGAAACUCAUCACGGAAGAUUUCGUGAGACAGCGCUACCUGGAGCCCCGGCGGAUACCCCACACGGAUCCCAUGGACUGUGACCUCGAGUGGGGUCCACGAGCACAUCUGGAAACAAGCAAGAUGAAAGUUCUUAAAUUUGUAGCCAAAAUCCACAAUCAAGAUCCCAAGGACUGGCCCACGCAGUACUGUGACGCUUUGGCAGAUGAGCAGUGUAGGGCUAGACCUGAGUCGAGUGACCCAGCCUCCACCUCUUGAAAUGAACGUCUGGGAUUCUCAAGAGCAAGAAGGAA